AUGUUCGCCAAAAUUUUCGCCAUCGCCGUCUGCCUCUUCGGCCUAGCCAAUGCUGGAGCUCUCUAUAAUGGAGUCGCGAACUACGCUCCUGCUACCUCCUAUGUCUCUAGAAUAGACAACAACGGUGCCUGGAACGGCAUCAACGGUGCCUGGAACGGCAUCAACGGUGGCUGGAACGGCGUCAACGGUGCGUGGAACGGCAUCAAUGGUGCCUGGAACGGUGUCAACGGUGCCUGGAACGGCGUCAACGGUGGCUGGAACGGCGUCAACGGUGGCUGGAACGGCGUCAACGGUGCCUGGAACGGUUACAACCGUCUCGGUGCCUACGGUGGACACGGCGCCUACAACAGAUGGUAA